CACUCACCCCGGGCGGGAAGCUUCCUCGCCACACAACCAAAGCAAGAUAAACGUUCACCGGCAAUGGCGCCUUCCCUGUUCGGUACAGUCUCCGUCGUCACGCUCCUGCUGCUGGUUUCUUCUGUCCAGUGCUACGAUGGUCGCCACGCCGUCACCAUGGCUCGCCGGUCCCGCCUGGGGAGCCGGAACGUGGUGCACCACCGCCGGAACACCGUGCCGCACCGGUACAUCCUCGCGGAGAAGAGCAACACGACCGGUGGCGCCGGCUCGAACCAGAGGAACAGAACCUCGCCGCCGGCGUCCAACGCGACCGCGCCUUCGACGGCGCCGCCGCCGCAGCAGCAGGGCGGCAGGCGGCACCGCAGCCACAAGCACCGGGUGCGCAACUGGAUCAUCGGCUUCGUGGUGGGCUCCCUGGCCGGCGUGAUCUCCGGCCUCGGCCUGUCGGUGCUGUUCCGGCUGGCGCUGAACUGCAUCCGCGGCCGGCACCGGCGGAGCAAGUCCGGCACGGUGAUCUACACGCCGAAGCUGAUCAAGCGCGCGGACCAGCUGGCGUUCCUGGAGAAGGAGGACUCGCUGUCGUCGCUGGAGGUGAUCGGGAGCGGCGGGUGCGGGGAGGUGUUCAAGGCGCAGCUCCCCGUGGCGCGGGAGGGCGAGGAGCCGCGGUUCAUCGCCAUCAAGAAGAUCAAGAAGCAGGUGGGCUACGGGCCCGGGAAGCCGAACCAGAACCUGAGCGACGAGGAGAGCCGGCAGCUGGACAGGUGGUCGCGGCAGAUCCAGUCGGAGAUCCGCACCGUGGGCCACAUCCGGCACCGCAACCUGCUGCCGCUGGCGGCGCACGUGCCGCGCCCCGACUGCCACUACCUCGUCUACGAGUACAUGAAGAACGGCAGCCUCUACAACGCCAUCAAGAAGCAGGAGGAGGUUGCCGCCGUCGACGGCGGCGGCAGCAACGAGGAGAACAAGGUGACGCUGUCCUGGCCGGAGCGGCUGCGCGUGGCGGUGGGCAUCGCGUCCGGCCUCGAGUACCUGCACGAGUCGCACCACCCGCAGAUCAUCCACCGGGACCUGAAGCCGGCCAACAUCCUCCUGGACGACGACCUGGAGGCGCGCAUCGCGGACUUCGGGCUGGCCAAGGCGAUGCCCGACGCGCAGACGCACGCGUCCACCUCGCACCUGGCCGGCACAUGGGGGUACAUCGCGCCGGAGUACCACCAGACGCUCAAGUUCACGGCCAAGUGCGACGUGUACAGCUUCGGGGUGAUCCUGGCGGUGCUGGCGACGGGGAAGGAUCCGUCGGACCAGUUCUUCGUGACGGAGGUGGAGGAGAUCGGCCUCGUCAAGUGGCUGCGCCGGGUGGUGCAGUGCGGCGACUACGCUGAGGCCAUCGACCCCGCGCUGGCCGGCGCCGGGCACGACGAGCAGAUCCUGCUGGUGCUGCGCAUCGCCGUGUUCUGCACCGCCGACGAGGCCAAGGAGCGGCCCGCCGCCAAGGACGUGCGCUGCAUGCUCGCCCAGAUACGACCAGCAGCUACUUAGCUAGCUUGUCUAGCUCGUUCCGUGUACGGCCGGGCAGCGCUCCAACUAGCUAUUCGUCUCCGAAAUUUGUUAGUCUGUCUGAAUCAUGAGUGUACGUACAGUAGAAUAAUCAAGGGUAGGUUGGCAAGUCAUCAGGUCAAGCCUGGGGCCCGUUGGUCGAUGGAGAACAGAGACAAGCGAGACUGAGUCUAUGUGUGUAUCUGAUGCCUUGCCGUCUGUUUCACGAUAUAGAUCGAUGAUGUACAAUGUAAUAGUGGAAGUAAUCUGGGUAGUAACAUAUAGCUACAUGCAAUGUCAACUAAGUAUUUUGAUGACAUGACACAUUAUUAAUUGAGGAAAGAGAGUAUUGUAGUAA